AAAAAAACCCCUCUCUCUCUCUCUCUCUCUCUCUCUCUCUCUCUCUCUCUCUCUCUCUGUGCAAUGGCAACCUCAUCUUCUAGAACCAGAUCUAGCGGACCGGUGCUGCGCUCGCUCUCACCGUCCGGUAGAUACUGCUCAGCCACCGCAUCAAACUCGUCCUUCUCAUCGUCCUCAUCAGCCUUCGCUUCCUCCACUAGCUCCAGUUUCACUUCCCCAUCCUCCUCUUUCUUCCACCACGAACUUCACAGUCAUCACCACAUGAGCCACCAUCACCACCAGCGAUCGGCCUCUCCAACGCGUGUCAACCUCUACACCGCCGUGCCGCUCUCCACCUCCGUCCGAUUCGCCAUCGACCACCGGUCCAUCUCCCCCAACCGUAGCCAGGUCAUACAGAACCACCGCAGCCCGAUCUCCAUCCCCAAGAAGACGUGUACAUGCUCGCCGACGUCGCACCCGGGGUCCUUCCGCUGCAGCCUCCACAAGAACUCGUCUCACCAUAGCCACGGAAGCCACCAUGCGGGGUCAUAUCCUACGAACCGGCUGAACAUGCGCAGAUCUGCGAUGAAGAACUCGCUGGUUCGGAUCGGCGGCGUGGAGGGAGAGUGGGUCAAGCGAGCGUUGACCGCCCUGAUCCGGCCCUCGUCGCACAACCUCCGGAGAAGAACCGAUUUCCAGCCCACUCCGAGCCGGCUCUCCAUCAUGUCCAAGGCCGAGGAUCGCUGAUUUUCCAUUUUCCGGUGCGCACAGGUUGGUUCUUGUUUUCUGAAUUUCUGGUCUCAGAUUCCGGCGAGGUAGUCAGAAUCCGAUCCAGCAGUUUGCUUAAGGAGUCUUCAGCAAUGAGUUUGAUCACAGCAGCGCGGCGCAGCAACCGAGUCAACUCGGGAGAGUCCGACUCGGGCAAGUUUGGUACUAAGGAGUUACCUCGAAACCGUAUAUUCUUUUUGGAACGGCACUGAAGAGAAAAAAAAUUCCUUUGUACAUGUCAUUUCCGCUACUAUGGAAGGAGAAAUUUUGGACC